AUGUCCGAAGAAGCCAUUUUAUUGAAUUUGAAGUAUGUUUAUCAGAAGUAUGAAGAAUAUUUUACUAGGUUUUUUUCUCCAUUUUUAUUGAUUCAAAAUAAAUUUCAGUUAUAUAGGCAUGGUGACAGAGGACCAAUAAGUUCAUAUCCCAAUGAUCCAUACUUCGAUAUCAAAUAUUGGCCAAAUGGUUUCGGACAGCUUGUGGAUCAAGGAAAGUUGAACCAAUUCAAUCUAGGAAAAUGGCUCAGGAGACGCUACUCCGGCUUCAUUUCAGAGAAAUACAAUGCCCAGGAAAUUUUCGUUCGCUCCUCCGAUGUCGACAGAACUCUAAUGUCUGCUGCAACCAAUCUAGCAGGUUUAUAUUAUCCAACUACUUCAUCAGAAAUGUGGCAGGAUGGGCUCCCAUGGGAUCCUGUACCUAUUCAUACUGCACCUGAAGAUGAUGAUGAAAUAGUUGCCAUGUCUAAAUAUUGCAAUAAGUUUGAAACACUUUAUACAGAACUUAUAAACUCAGAAUAUUUCGAGAAAGUCAAAGAAGAACACGAAAGUCUAUUCAGCUUUGUUUCUCUCAAAACUGGCUGGAACGUUACAGAUAUAUCAACAUUUCAAGGUCUUUAUACAACAUUCUAUGUGUACAGAACUCUGAAUCCUUCUUUCUUGCCUGAAUGGUCAUCUCGAAUUGACGAAAGAGAAAUCAGUUAUCUCGCAGGAUUAUCAUUCUCAAGGGAAACUUUCACCAAGGAUUUGCAGCGGUUGAAAGUGGGACCAUUUAUGAAUUAUUUGAACACUCACUUCGAUGGUGCUAUCGAAGGAACAUCGACAAAGUUUUUGAUGAUAUCAGGACAUGACGGAACCAUUGCAGGUAUUUUGAAUACUUUUGGGGCUUACGAUUAUCAUCCUCCUGAAUUUUCUUCCACUAUAAUUUGGGAACUUAGAAAGAGUCCAGUUGGAAUAUAUUAUCUGAAUAUAUUUUAUAAAAGAAAUAGUACAGAAAGUUUGGAAAAGAUAACGAUCGAAGGGUGCACUUUGGACUGUGCUUACGACGAAUACAAAAACCUUUUGAAGUCAAUUGCUGUUGACUCUACUGAAUGGGAGAAGGAGUGCAGAAAUGAUGGUAGUAUUUGAAACGAAUUUGUUCAUUGUAAAUACUCUUAAUGAAAGUACUAACAUUUGCAUUUGAUUGAUUCGUUUCUUUUCUUAUGAAUAAAGCUAUUCGUUUAUCUUUCAUCACAAUUU